AUGAUAGUGUUGGAAAAAUUCUUCCUCAACUUCAGAAGUUGUAAUGCAUCAUUGAGAAUCCCAUUUGGUCCAUUUAACUCAUUUGUCCAAAAAAGAUGGAAAAAACCAGCAAAUACAGCCCAAACUCGCCUGGAGAAUCGAACUAGAGACUCAAAACUCGACAAGCUUGCAACUGACCUCAAGAAACUCAAAACCAUCUACAAUAUCUAUGAACUCAUGUCCAACAGAAAACGUGGCCCGUUUGUGUCUCUACAACUGAUGUCUCGGUGGAGUAACAUUGUAGGGUUGAAUGUGGGUAUGGGUGAAUUUGUCCAAAAAUACCCUCAUGUCUUUGAGGUAUUCACGCACCCUGUGAGGCGGAAUUUGUGUUGUAGAAUCACUAAAACAAUGAGGGACUUAAUUGAUGAAGAAGUGAAUAUCACUAAAGAGUGUGAAUUCCGAGCUGUUUGGAGAGUGAAGAAGUUGUUGAUGAUGUCCAAAAGUGGGGUUCUUCAUGUUCAUGCUUUGAGGUUGAUUAAGAGAGAAUUGGGUUUGCCAGAGGAUUUUAGGGACUCUAUUUUAGGCAAGUAUAAACAUCAUUUUAGGUUAGUUAAUUUGGAAAUUGUGGAAUUAGUCAGCCCAGAGGAGGAUUUGGCAGUGGCUGUCAUCGAGAAAUGGAGAGAGAGGGAGUACAGAGAGAAGUGGUUGAGUGAGUUUGACACAAAAUUUUCAUUUCCUAUUAGUUUUCCCACUGGAUUUAAGAUUGAGGGCGGGUUCAGAGUGAAAAUGAAGAAUUGGCAAAGACUUCCUUAUCUCAAGCCUUAUGAGACGAAGGAAUUGGUUAAGGUGCGUUCUUGUGGAGGUAAGGAGCGGUAUGAGAAGCGAGUAGUUGCGAUAAUUCAUGAGUUAUUGAGCUUGACAGUGGAGAACAUGGUCGAGGUUGAAAGAUUGAGUCAUUUUAGGAAGGAUUUAGGUAUGGAAGUAAAUGUGCGUGAAUUGCUUUUGAAACAUCCUGGGAUUUUCUAUAUAUCAACCAGGGGAACCAAUCAUAUUGUUUUUCUUAGAGAAGCAUAUGCCGGAGGGUGUAUGGUUGAACCAAACCCAAUUUCUGUUGUUCGGAGAAAAAUGUUGGACCUUGUCUUGCUGGGUCGUCGCAAUACAAGAGAGUUGCAAAACCGAGUUGAGGUUAAGAAUGGACAUGAUACUUUGGUUUCUACAACAAAUUUCGGAGGCACAGCUGGUGGAGAUUGGGUUAUCCCGAUACUUGAAAGUUUUGAAACUGGAGAUGACCGUGACAGGAAUGCUACAACUGAUGACGAGUUUGAUGGAUUCAUUGACAAUGGAAGCAGUGAAAUUGAGACAUGAAUGGUUGGAAGAUACAAAUGAAGCUUCCACUGGACUUAAAUUUUAUGUCCAGCUGUUAAAAUAUCUCUCCUAUCAGAUAGGUUGCUUCAGGAGCAGUCUGCUGAAGAUGAUCAACGACAAUCCUUGAAGAGACAAGAAUUUUAAAUUACAGGAUUCAACAGCACUCAAUGAAAGCAGAUUCGCCCACCAAAGCAAUUGCAUCAUUCGAACUGUGGAGUCACUUCUUACAACUAUUGCAAGGGCAGUGAGAGCCUUAUAUUGGAGCGAGGAAUAUUGACUCUGGAAAUUGUUAGUUCAGAUCUGCCUAAUAUUUUAUAGUGCAAACUAAUUUGUCAGUUGUAUUGGGCAUCAAUUAAUGAGUGAAUUACAUGUUACAUAAUCUUUUUGGAAAUGUCAAAAGAAUUCUUGAUAAAUAGAUUCCAUUUCUGGAUGUGGCAUCAAUAUGCUGAUCUUUUUUCUUU